CCAAGGAUCAGUUUGGUGCCGACAAUCGUCAUCGGAAGGGACGAAAGAAUCGCGUGUCGCGUUUGCUCUGCCAAAGCUGUGUUGUUUCCAUGAACACAAUAAGGGGCUUUUUCCUGGUGGAUGCCCGAAGUGUGUGAAGUGCGGUUGGUGGCAGCCAAGACAGAAAAAAAGUCCGAUUCUAACCAAAAACGGUGUGUGCCAUUAUUGUAUCUGAUCAGUGUGGUGACCAGUAAACCGAGGUUUCGUUUCGGCAAAAGGAAAAUCGAUAUUUUCUCGAGCGCUUCCCUAGUCGGAAGGUAGUGCGUUGUAGUUUUUUUUUUCAUUUUACUUUGUGAACACUAUCCGGCAUCUAUAUGGCUCUCUAAAGUGGAGGUGAUUAAAGGAAAAUAUGAUUUUGUUGGCUCACUUCGCCAGCAGUUGAGAGAAUGAGGUGCAAUCGAGGGUCGGAGAAGAAAACUAUGGGGUGGAGUGACCUUGGGUUAUGAUUUGUGAAAAAUUGUUGCAAAAGUCAACUUCGGCAGAGGGCUGCCUAACGUGUAUCUAUGCUAGGAAAAUGUGCUAACUUUCUACUCGCUGUGGGGAUUAAGGCAAUUUUCAGAUGGAAAUUUGUUUUAAGGAUUGCUUGCGGAAAGGAUAAUCCUCCAAACAUUUUGCGCUAAAGUGUUAUUGAAGCUUGGGCCUCACCGUUUUCCCGAGAACACCAGAGGAAUGCUGCAGACCCCUAAUCAGAUUUGUGCGGGUGAAUGUGAGAGUAUGAAGCAAGAAGUGACGAACGUGGCAACGUUCCUCAGUCAAAGUGCGAUGUGGUCGAGUGCAAAAGCCUCUCAAAGGUUGUUAAAGGCCGAACCUACUUUGGAUUAAGGCCUUAAGCUAAACGGUUCAAAUGCGCACCUCAGUGACAAAGCUGAAGGAAGAAAUGCUAGAAGAAGUGUAACACAACUCGCGUGACUAAGCGCAAAGAAAAGAAAAGAAAUAGUUCAGCCGAAGGGUGAAAAUUGGAAGAAAAAGCGGAAUGAAGCACAGUAGCCAUCUAAAUCGCGGUCCGGCAAUUCAAAGAACUCCAAACCAGGAAGGUGUCCACCGUCGAAGGUAAAAAUAAAAAGAAAAAUCACCAGUGUUAUACAACCAGCCGGCCAACAAACACACACGCUACUACAAGACUGAAGAAAAAGAAAGCCGUUUGGACGACGACAACGCCCGGAACGGAAAUGGAAUUCAUGCUAAGGAAUAUAAUCAUAUCGCUUCUGAUCUUCGUCUUCGGACUGGCAAAAGAUAUCUGCUUCUGUUUGCGACUGACGGAAGUCCGCAUUCCGAACCACGUGACCAAAAAUAGCACCGUCCAGCUCGAAUGUCACUUUGACCUGAACGGCGAGGCGCUGUACUCUGUCAAGUGGUACAAAGAUGGCAACGAAUUCUACAGAUAUGUUCCUAGAGAUAAUCCACCAGCUCAGCUUUUCCUCCUGACGGGAGUAUCAGUCGAUCUACUAAACUCGACUGCAAAUCAGAUAGUCCUAAAUAACGUGACGUUGGCGUCGUCCGGGCGAUAUCGUUGCGAGGUGUCAGCAGAGGCACCAUCCUUCCAGACCGUUUCCAGCCACGGUGACAUGGUGGUGGUCGCGCUGCCGGACACAGAUCCUAAAAUCACCGGCGGGAGGCCUCGCUAUCAAAUCGGUGACGUCGUCCGGGUCAACUGCACCUCGGGUCGAUCUAAACCGGCGGCCAAGCUGACGUGGUUCAUCAAUGGCGAGGUGGCCGAACCCAGCAUUCUACGCCGUUACGACACUGUGAUAACCGGGAGAGAAGGCCUAGAGACUACCGUUUUAGGAUUAGAGUUUCGAGUUAGGCUGCGGCAUUUCAAACGCGGUGAUAUGAAGCUGAAAUGUGUCGCAACGAUAGCGCAUGUAUACUGGAAGAGCAACGAGGAAAGUGUGGAAGGUGAUAAGCAACCGAAACCACCGGCGCUCGAGUCGAAAGAGACGCUGCAUCCGAACGGUUCCCGGGCGGAUCGGCAAGAAAGCAACUCCAGCUCCAGCAGCCACCGGAGGAGAUUUAUGGCUCGAGUGGUUACAAAUGUGCUCCUGUCGGUCUUGGUGCUGCUCAACUCGUUAUCCUCGGUGUCGCCGGUGGUUCUGCCAAGGUCCUUCUCGAUCGGCCGGAGAUAACUCCGUGCUCCACAUCACAACUACCACCACCACCACCACUACUACUACUGGCAGCACUAAACUAUCACAAACGGAGAUAUAUCUCGCACACUGGCGAAUCACGUAUCUUAGUGGCUUUUAUAUUACGUUUUAGAUUUUAAUGAAGAAGUAACGGCUCCUCUUCGUCCUCGAUACUCCCUCCCCUGCAUCUUUAACCGAAAGAGUACUUUUUAGAUUAAAUUGAAUGCCAAAGAUAUAAAAAUGGAAGCUGUAAAUUUUAGUGAGAUUACCGCAAGGAAAGGGAAUACGGGGAAUACCAAAGGGAAGCAACUCGUUGUGGAUCCGAAGGUUGUUACAGAGAGGAAAAAAAAGCGAAGUGGCAGCAAAUGCAUCAAUCUGUAAGAUAUUGCCCUGUAAAUAUGUGUAAAAUUUGUUUCAAAGUUUUAUCGUUUGAUCUGAACAAACGCAGACUAGAAUAGAUACAAAAACAGGUCACCCGGAGAAUUUUAUAUUCAGUUGCUAUUUUAGGGAAAAUUUUAGGCAAAAAGAAACACAAUGAAACAAAACAAAACAAGGUUGAUAACAUCGAUCAUUUAUGCGGUCUUGCAACUAGAUACAUGUCAAUUUUGAGGGAAAACUGUUACAAUGUGGAAGCUGAAACGUGUUUCUAUAAAAAAAAAAUCAGUAUUACUCAUCGUUGAACUAAUCUUAUACCACACAAAGAGAAACAACUGAAGGAAACUAAUUCAUCAUAUCAGGUGGAAUACGCGUAACGACACAUAAGACAAAAUCGUAUGAAUCACUUUUCAAAAUACUUAUUUAUGUGAAACAAUUUCGCUCUUAAACUUUAAAUAAUAUUUAAGGGGGAAGAAAGUGACUCAAAGCUGUCUAUCAGAAACCAAAAAAAUCAAUGUAAUUUUUGAACAAAAGGAAGUCGAUUCUUUCAUUUGAUAUAUUUUGAAGAAAGUUCUAUCUCUGACUCAUCGCGAUGCAUACGAAUCAGUAUUAAAAACUAUCCCUAAUGCAAACAUAGAGAAGCAGCUGACCGAAGUAAAAUAGUAAUCGCCAUAUCAAAGCGCAAACACCCAUUCGUACAUCCCCUCGUUGAAGUACUAAGAAGGAAACUGCCCUCCACCAAUCGACAUUAGAUAGUUGAAGUAAGAAGUACCUACCAACCCACUUUUCCACGCCACAAAACGAUCGCUUCUUCCCAAGCCAAUGUCUAUCAACGAACAUUUGUGGAUGCGCUCCACUGCAAACCCAGAAAAUGAAGAGUCUCCCGGAAUUGAAUGUGAUUUUAACGCGAAUAAUGUAAAUCCGCUGCGAAAAUAAUGGCGAAUUUGGGUUUUAAACAAGUUACCACAAGUGAGAUAAAAUUUUGGUUAUUUGUACCAGGAGAGUACUAUACAGAAUAGCAAACGAGUGCCGGGUUGGACUUCGUUUGUUCGUUCGCAUGAUAGGAACGAGAGCGAGAGUUUGGCAGAAGAGAUCCAAAAAAAGGUUUAUUGUUAUUGGCAAGCAGACAAAGACGAAACGCGACGCAAGUUGUUGGUUCAAGUUUUUUUUUUUUUGAAAUCCUAUUGAGAGGCAUUCGGAGAGAAAGAAAAAUGAUUAUUUCCCAGCGUACGAUUAUAAGUGAAAACAAAUUGUAGUUGUAAAUAAUUUUCAUAAAAGUCAGAUACGAUUUAGUCUAUUUUAAUAAAUGUAUAAAUUCAACAAUCUUUCA